AUGAGCAAAACUCGAAAAGCAAAUGUUCGAAAACGUCUAAAAGCCGUUGAUAAAGUGAUUGAGGCAGUGAUUGAUUCGGGAGUGAAACUUCACGCAUUGGGUGUAGCCAUCAAAAACACUCCCAAAGAAUCAACAAUGAAACCACGAGAUAAGUACACGGUAUUCAGUAGAAAACACAAGAAAUAUCGAAAAUCAUUCCAUAAGACUACCACUACUAUCAUGCUUCUUCCACGCCGCCAAUUAACACUUGCAUUACUAAAGCCAGAUCUUUGUGCAAAUCCAAAUACAAUUUCAAAAAUCAUUUCACGAAUCACAGCGACCAAUCAUCAUAACAAUUUCGAGAUAAUUCGACAACGGGAGAUAUUGUGGCGGCAACAAGAUGCCGAGGCGUUUUACGCUGAACAUCGAGGCCGAUUCUUUUUUGAACGGUUGUGUGGGUAUAUGACUAGUGGCCCGUUCACAGCUCUCGUGCUCGCUCGUCAGAACGCAAUUAAAGAAUGGCGAGCACUUAUUGGACCAACUCACCCAUGGAGAGCACGAAUGAAUGCGCCAAACACAUUAAGGUCACACUACGGUCUGACAGACACUCGAAACUCAUUUCACGGCUCAGAUUCCGACGAAACAGCAAACCGCGAAAUAGAGUUCUUUUUCCCGGAAUUAAAUGUUGACGCGUGGCGAAGACAAGAAGAAAAAGAAGCAGCAAUUUAG